AUGUUUGGGGGGCCAAACCAUGUUCUCAUCGCCGCGGUGGCUCUCCUGUCCAUGGGCCACGUGUCCAGCCAGUGUAUCACAGCGCGCUACGUGUGGUGGUACCCGUGUGGAUAUCACACCGAUCCACAAACGUGUGGUGACGCUCUACUAGUUUUCAACAUCCAUAAGGAGGCCAACGUGAUGUGUGUCGUCGAACCCGAUCGUGACAGCCGAUUUCACGGGACCGAUCGUGACCAGGGGUCUUGCCAAGAGCACGUACAACGACGCUUGUGGGGGGACGUAUCCGAUGAUCAAUUGACCCUAACGUUCAACAUGGGCGAAGUUGAUCAAGGAUACGAUGCGCCCGACAGUUUCUAUUACUGGAGUUUUGAACUUUAUCUUGACAACUGCGACACCUCCUACACCUGGGACGACAACUUUGUCCAGCUGUCCUACGUUGACGAAGAGCAAAACACCACCGACCUGUCCGCAUUUGAGGAUGCUGACUACAUCGAUGAAGCGGACACCGGGAUAUGCCCAACUCCUAGCCCGACCACGCCAGUGCCUGUCACCGACGCCAACCCUGCCCCCCCUCCCAGUCCCACGGCAGACGGCUCUGGCCCUCUUGCCCUUGGGUGCUACGAGGACGACCGCCAAAAUCGGAUCAUGGAUGACCUCGCUCUUUCCGACUACACCAUGACAACCGAGGUGAUUUGAGCGUUUAUUCCACUCCCUGCAUCGAAAUACGGAGAUUUGGUUCCUUGGAGAAUGGAGUACGUAGACAACACCCAGAGGUACCAGCAGGCGCAAAACAUAUUCCUGACAAUUUGGCAUGCUUGGUAGGGAUUUCUUCAAGAAAGACGCCCAACAUGCGGUGACCUUGCCGAGACUCGUACCCCGGAAACUGAUCUUGAUGGUCAGUGCAACGCAUUACUUACUCUCGGGUGAUGUCACCGCAAACUAUAUGUAGUUGAUCUGUACAGUUUACACUCCUCAGCUCUUAUAUCGAAGUUUGCCGUUGUUGGCCAUACCUCAUAAAUCCUACACAACCACAAGCGUCCUGUGUCCACGAAUUGCAUUCAUGCAUACCCCUGCAGGAGCCCCCCAGACCUUCGGUGGAGUGUGGACUUGCACUGGCACGCCGACUCUAUGAAUGGAUUCGGCUGUAGCUCGCGGCGUUGGGUGGUUGCGACUUUUGUACUGGAUGGCCAAGAGAAGAAUGUUCCCAGCUCCAUGUGUGCUCUUACAUGAACGUUCAUCAAUAUGUUUUGUUCCAUGGUUACCGGAACCUGGACAAAUGCCGGCAAGUUCGAAACUACCCAGCCACUGUUCUCUCUCCAUUCUGUUCAUCGACACCUUUGGUUCGGUGUGUGCUCCCAUCGCCUCUUCUCGCUUUCGUGGUUCUGACAUCAGCUGUGCGAGCAAACUUGCCUCGGAAACACCUACUUCGCCACCCAGUACGGGCGAGAGGUAAGUUCAAGUAGCUGAACAAGUAGCCUUUACGAUCACAGUACUUCGUAAUAUCCAACUCGUAUCAUCUGUCGUGAUCGCGGUGUCAUUGUCGGGAUCAUUUUAGUGGUGUUGCAUUCCGCUUAACGUUCUGUGGCCUCGGCAGGAAUAAUCAAUUGGCGGGUUUGGUCAUGGUAUAUGAAGGAGAGGUGCUGACAUGCGAUCGCGAAUACGUUUGUUCAGAACGUCAUAUUUUCGUUAUAUCAUCCACCCUAUCGAACAGGAAUCAUCCUUUGCUCUGGCUUUUCGUAGACAGAACGCCCCCAAAGAAUGUUUCUCUAAUCCGAAACUGAAAUUCCUAUGCAUACGAGGUUAGAAUUCCUUUGGUUGUCGUCGGACCACCGGUAUGGCCGAGCUUUCCUCGCUUCGACCAUACAUCCUGUCUGUCUGUCUCUCUGUUCGUGUUGCCAAUACCUAAAAACGAACACAAACGGUGCUGGUGUGGUUCGGCU